CCAGCCAAAAUGAGUGAGGUGGGGCCAAGAAGGCCCCCCCAGGACCAGUCCUCGGGGAGUGGGCACACAGUGACCACGUCACGUCACCCCUAUAUCACAGACCCUAUCGCCUCCAAGCACGUCUGCUUCUACAAGAGCGGUGACCCUCAGUUCAGUGGCCUGCGCAUGGCCAUCAACAGCCGCACCUUUAAGACCUUCGAUGCCCUCCUGGACAGCCUCUCCAAGAAGGUCCCGCUGCCGUUCGGAGUGAGGAACAUCACCACCCCGCGGGGUGUCCACGCGGUGCACACACUAGAUGAACUGGAGGAUGGGAAGGCCUACAUCUGCUCAGACCAGCGGAAGGUCAAACCCAUCAACAUGGCAGCAGCCAGUAAGAAGCUUCCGCCCUGGUACCAUGCCAGGCCCAUGAGCGCCCGCCAUCGGGCCUUGCAACUGGCCAAACAGAACCCUGGCAGGCCCAUGCGCAAAAGAACACCUGUGACUGUGCGCACACCUAAGAGGCUAAUGGUGUUUCGGAAUGGGGACCCAAGUGUCAAACACAAUAUGAUGCUACAGAAGAGGACCACUCCCACCUUUGAGGCGCUGCUGGAUUACGUGUCCGAGUUGAUGCACUUUCCUGUGGUCAAACUACACACACCGGAUGGAAGAAGGUUAAAGCAGGACACCACAGCUGGAUACUGUAACGCCUACUGUAACGUCAUCUCAAGCUCCAGGAAAAAGAAGUCUGUAUCCAGCAGCAAAUCACGUCUUUUCUCCUCAUCGUCAGAGAGAUACUUUGUGAAUCAGAUACACCACUCCAUUGCAGGAAGUCAGUGUGACCUCCCCAGUAACAACACGGGAUCUGUGGUGCUGGAGGCUGGCCAUUUUCUGGAGUCAGUUGCCGAAACGGACGCCGACACCUACAAUCGACAUGAAGGGGCAGACAACUGUAUGCCCGGUGAUGAUGACAUUGAGAAGUCCUUUCGGGUGAACCAGGAUGGCAGCAUGACGGUGGAGAUGAAGGUACGACUGACCAUCAAGGAGGAGGAGACCCUCCACUGGACCACCACCCUGACCAGGUCCAGUGUGGCCAGCCAGCUCAGUGUGGCUGAGUCUGAGCUGGAGAUCAGAUCUCCUGAGUCCAAUGCCCUACCACCAACACAACCCAACUCCAUGGGCACCAUCAAUGGGCACAAUGCUAAAAAGGAUGAUCGUGAUGAUGAGGAUGAUAUGUCUCCAGAGGCCAGUGGACUUACCAGUGUGGAAGGAGAUGAUGAGGAUAAUUCUAAAAUACAUGUCGGUGAGGUCUCUCUCAGGAGGGCUCCUACCCCAGGACCCAGGAGAUCCAGACAGAAGCAGGCCUCAUUGGAGAACAUCAACACACCAUCAGGAGAUGAGAUUCAGGAGAACAUUGUGGGAUCAUACUCCUACAGAGAGACAACUAAGAAUGGAGAGGUCAAAGAGGAGUACUGCAUGGUCAGACAAUGCAGCAGCAGGCCAGUCCCUAAACCAAGGAGAGUUGGCUCUAUGGAUAUCAACAAUUACAAUAAGACUCAAUCCACUUUUAAAUCAGGGGCGGCUGAGAUCUUACAGAUCCAAAAUGGCGAGGAGGAAGUCAGAGAAAGUGUAAUGCACAUAUACGAGCAGCAGACCUGUCAGGACGAUUUCCUUGCUAACAGCCAGUACAGUGUCCAGGGUGUGUCCAUGUAUGAUCUGAUGUAUGGGAGACCAGCCACCUCGGAAACAGCCCGCUUCUCCUCCAGUAAUGACUUAGAGAUGGAGCUGGAAAGACUCUCUACAGCCUCAGAGUCACUCAGCGAGCGGAGGGCUGACCAGUCUCUGUCAUCUGACUUCACCAUACCCACAUCUAAGGCUGGAGGAUCUGUCCUAAAAAACAGGGUAGUAAAUAUCCAUGAAACCAGUCUCUCCAAGCCCACCAAAGACAAUGAGACCCCAAAGUUGGUCUCUGAAGCAAGCAAAGAUGAUUCCACCACUAAUGAUUCCACCACUAAAGGUGUAAAGAAAGUCAAGAAAAGGUUCUCAAAGCCCAAUUUGAGAAAGUACAAGGUUCGUAAGAGUACAACACCAGACAAAAGACGUAAAGAGAGUAAUGCAAAUGGCCCUGAUAACAAUAAAAGAGUGAAAACUGGGGGGUUUAGCCGCAAUGCAUCAAUAAGGAAAAUUUAUGGACCAAAACCUGCCAGAAGUCUAAUGAAAAAUAAACUAAAAGGAAAGGAAAUCAAAUUAAAUAUUGAAAACCCAAAGGAAUCGUCAGUGAAAGAACUAAAUGUUAGUGAAAAUAGAAAUGAAACUUCAGUUUCAGUAAAGAAGAAAUUAUUGCACGUUUCAUUUCCUACGGAGGCCCAGGUAAAGGGAACACUGAAAAGGCAGAGGUCCAUGCACGAGGAGAGAAGGAUUGAGAAAGAGAGUCAUGAUAUGUCACUGCCUGCACUCCUUUCGUCCUCUUCUAAUAUCAAUGAAUAUGUUGAGAACUGGUUAGAGAAAGCCCUCCCAACUGUGUACCCAGACCCAGUGGAGGAAACUCAAAAUGUGGAGACACCAACAAUGACUCAGGUAGAAACUGAGGGGGACAUUGUUCCAGAUGUGUCACAAAUCAAUUGUGAAAUGGAUAUUGAACAAGAUGAGUCUUGUUUUUUAAAAGAAAAAACACAAAUACCAAGUAUUCCAUCUUUGGUAACAGCAGCAUUUCCACAUAGAACAUUUGAAAAUAUAGCAACACAGACAAACCUGACUAUGGAAAACACAACAUUACCAUGUCCUUCUGACCCAUCAUUGCAAAAGACCCCAUUACACAUUGAUACUAUACAGGAAAGGUUGCCCACUAAUCCCUCAGCUGAAAAUCCACCUCUCUCCAACGGUUUCUCUGUCUUUCCUCCUGCAAUAAUCUCGGUAGAAAAGCCAUCACCCUCUGACAGUCCUUCGUUGGAACAAACCUCAAUGCCCAUAAAGAUCUCAGUAGAGAAGCUCCCAAUCCCAAAUGAUCUGUCUUUGGAAAAUACAUCAGUACAAAAUAGCUCCUUAAAAGAGAAGAUCCCAGUCUCAAACAGUCUCUCGCCUGUGAAGACACCACUGCCUGCUAAAACACAAACAGAGAAGACGCCAUUGUCCAACAAAGUCUUCGAUGUGUCUUCAGUAGCUAGCAGUCCCUCAUAUUUAAUGUGUUCAUCACCUAGUAGUUUAGGUGAUGAAGAACAACCCGUAUCAAGCAGUCCUUCAUCAGACAAGGCUCCGUCACCGACUGGCCAUGUAUUUGAAAAGACAUUGUUCAACCACUCCACUCUGAAAGAACCACCAUCACCUAAACUCCCAACAAAAAAGACACGAUUGCUCAGUAAUCUCUCCCUGGAAAAGCAACUAUCAUUCAGGAAAGCCUCAGCUGAGAAGUCUUCAAUAUCCAGUGAUCCUACUGUGGAAAAAAUGUUGGUGGAUAAGGCACCAAUCUUCAAUGGUCUCUCAUCUGACAAGACAUCACAGCCUGCUAAAACCUUAACAUCCAACAAUGUCUUAAAUGAGGCUUCAUUAGCUAGUAGUCCCUCGUGUUUCAUCUCGACAUCACCUACUAAUCUCACAUCAGAUGACAGAACCUUAUCAAUCUCCCCCUCAUCAGAGGAGGCUCUAUCACCCACUGGCCAUGUAUUGGAAAAAACAACAUUGUUCAACCACUCCACUCUGAAAGAAACAUCAUCACCUAAACUCCCAACGAAGAAGACACGAUUGAUCAGUAAUGUCUCCCUAGAAAAGCAACUAUCACUCAGAAGAUUGUCAGUGGAAAAGUCUUCAUUGUCCAGUAAUCCUACUUUGGAGAAGGCCCAGUUAUCAAAUCCUGUUCAAAUCACAGUAGACAAAACACAACUACCUAACAGCCACCUAUUGGAAGAGACAUCACCACCAAAUAAGUCUUCAUUACCCAGUGACCCCACUUCAGAAAAUACCCAAUUAUCUAGCAGUCCUCAACAAGGAAGGACACCACUACCAAGACAUAUCUCUUUGAAAACACAAUUGCACAACAAUAUUUCACCUGAAAGAACAAAUGUACCCACUCUUAUGACGAGAAAUAAGUCAGCUCCCAGUAAUCUCUCUUCAGAAAAGAUACCAGUACCUAGUAAUCGCACAUUGAAAAAUAGACUGUCACCAUAUUCUCAGACUUUGGAAAUAGUGUCACCACCUAUGAGACUCAAGGCAAAAAAAAAGCCAGUAUCUAGAAAUCACUCUCUGGAAAUCGAACCAUCCCCAGUAAGUCCCACCUUGAAAAGGACACCUUUACCAAGGAAAAGCCGCCAAACGCCAUUAUCGCCUAAGUCAACACCAGUACACCUCAACUCCUCCAUGAAGAAGACACCAAUACCUCCCAGUCCUGCUUUGGCGAAUCAUGAAGAGACAAAUGGUGAUGAUAACCUGAGCAAUUCGGAUCAGGGAGACAGUACAAAAGUAACAGCAGAGGAGCCUCUAACAAAAGCACAGAUACCAUCAUACAGAGAAAAAGUGCCUCCCCAGCCAGACAUGAAACCUGUGCUAGAGAACCUCUGUUUCUCAAUUCGGUCAAUUAGACAAAUCACACACAACAAUCGUCCAUCUUGUCUUGAAAAGUCAAACAGCUUACCUGAUUUCUCCUCCCAUGUGGCCUCUACAUUUGGGUCAUCCUCCAAAGCUCUCCUGGCAUUCUUAUCUGUUAUUACCUUAAAGGAAAGCUUCACUAACUGGAACAUACCUGAAUUGAAUGCAAACAGUGUAAGCUGUGCUGAGGCUUUGAAAAUGAUAGAGUCUCUGAGAGAAAUUGCCAACAUAGAGGAUGCAGAGGAGUUGAAAGCUAGCCUGUCAGAUUUGCAAAAGUCUACUUCGGCACAACUGCUGCAAAGUUGGAAGGGCUUCCAGGAACUCAAUGACAAAGUCAGAAGUCGCAGCUCAGCGCUGAACAGUUCAGAGCAUGAUCUCUUGUUUGAGACACGCCCAGUGGAGGACUACAACAUUAAUGAAAAAACACUGGAUAUCGAUGAGCUAAUAAAUGAGCUUGAUGUGCCUGAAACGGUCAAGGAAGCAUUGGCAGCCCUUUCAACAGGGGUGAGCAUGAGCAUGGAUGGGAAUGAAAUACAAAUGUCUCAAAAAGCUAAUGAAAAAGUGGAGUCAUCCCCAGAGGGAAGGGUAAAUGACAAUUCAACUGCAGUCCCUAAGGAAGAGGCUGCCAAUGAUAAUGUGCUUAAUAAAGAGGCUAAUCUUGAUGUUAAAUCCAUCAUUAAAACAUUUACAAAUAUUCACCAUCCCAAAGAGGUGGCUGAAAAUACAAUGUCACCAAUCUCAGAGAGCCCAAGCAGUAGGCAAGAGCAGUACUUCUCCUCAGAAGAACACAGUUUUAAAGAUAAUUAUAUUUGCCACAGAAACAGACAGGCAGCAAAGAAGGAAGGUUCUGAAGUUGAGCAGGACAACUGGGAAGAAGAGGAGGCUAAAUGUACACAAAAACAGGUUGACCAUGAUGAAGAAGAGACUUCCUCAGAGAUAGAGCAAGCUUACAGUUUAGUAUUGCAUGAUGGCUAUUUGGACAAGCCAGCCUGUUCUGUGGAGGCUAAAGAGAAGGAUGGGGACAUACAAGCAGGCUAUGUGGAGGAGGAAGAAAGCUUGGCGAAAGAGCAAGAAUACUACAUUGAGAACCCACAUGUGGAGCAGGAGAUCCAAUGUAUUGAGCUGCAGGUUAGCAAUGAGGAAGGAGAGUCCACCGCUGAACAAGCCCAGCGUAGCUCAAACCACCAUGAGGAGCCAAAGGUUAAAUGUGUUGAGUUGAAGGUUAGCAGUGAGGAAGGGGGAAGCUUGGAAGAAGGGCAGGAAUACUACAUUGAGAACCCACCAAGUCAUGUGGGGCAGGAGGUUACAUCUAUGGAGCUGCAGGUCAGCUGUAAAGAAAGCUUAGAAAAAGACCAGGCUAGCUCAGAGGAAGAACAGAAAUGUCAUGCUGAGGACCAAAUUAGCCAUGUGGAGUCAGAAAAUAAAUGUAUGGAGGAGGAAUGGUUUAAGGAAGAGCAGCAAUGUCACGUAGUGGAUCAGCCAAGCUAUUUUGGGCUGCAGGUUAGCCGUGAGGAAAGAGAGUCCACCCCUCAGGAGCAGGCUAGCUCAGAGGAAGAACGUGAGUGUCACAUAAGCCAAAACCAUGAGGACCCAGAGGUCAAAUGCUUGGACCUGCAGGAUAGCAGUGAGAGCGGAAAGUCCACCCCUAAAGAAGACCAGUCUAGCUCAGAUGAAGAGCUGGAACGUCAUAUUGCGAGCAAACCAACCCAUGAAGAGCCUGAGGUUAAAUGUACAGAUGUAAAGGUUAGCAGUGAGGAAAGCAUGUCUAGUCUUGAAGAAGAGCAGGCUAGCUUAGAGGAAGAGCUUGAAUGUCACAUUGAGAACCAACCAAGUCGCGAAGAGAAAGGGGUUAAAUGUGUAGAGACGCAGGUUAGUAGAGAGGAAAGAGAGUUUACCCCUGAAGACGACCGGGCUAGCUUAGACGAGGAAGAGGAAAACCGUGCAGACAACCUUCCCAAUGCAAAUGCACACAUUAACGUGAAGGAUGAGCAGACUCACUUAUGGAUGAAACAGCCUACUGACAAAGAAAUAGUGUCUACUGUCAUAGAAAUGAAGCCUAGCUUGGUCAAACAGCAUUCUAGCGAUGACAGGAUGGAUAAGGACAGCGGAAAGGAUAGUGAGCAGCAUGUCAGCUUUGAACAACAGUCUGAUACUGCAGAAGAAGCCAACGUUGAGGUUAAUUGGCGUAGCACAGAGAAGAAGCAAGUACGCUAUGAAGAGAAGCUGCCUAGCUCUGAGGCAGAACAUGUUGGCGUAAAGGAUGAGCCAUAUACAGAGGAUGAGAGUUAUGCAGAGUACGAGGAAAGCUUCGUAGAGAAACAGCCGUUUGAGGAGGACACGAAUUACGAAACGACUGAGGCAAAAACAACCAACCGUUUGGAGGACCCAUUGCCAUCUGUAGCAGAGCGAGUAAAACUACUGGAUAAGAAGAUUGCUGAUGUAGAGCAAAGGAAAAGCAUUCCUACAGAGACAACGGGCAUCAAACCAUUUGCCCACAUAAAGGUUCCCGCUUUCCCAGAUGGCGAUGAUUUAACGAACGUAUCCCAUCUAUCUAACGAACAAGCCGAGAUUGUGGAGGAAGCAUCUGAGAGGCAAACAACCAAUUAUGUUGUUAAGGAUUUCAAAGAGCAAGACAAAGCUCCUGUGCACACUUGUAAAAGGACGUGGCCUAUAAAUACAUCAGAAACUGUAGUCAUGUCCCCCCUAGCUCCACAAUCCUCCUCGCUAGCAUUUAGCUAUGAUGGCUGUAUAACUAGAGAGCCUGAGGGAAAUAGGGUCAAGAAAAUAAAGGAAAUGUUUAUGGCAAAAAGCAUUGUGGACAUUCAGUAUGGACAAACAAGACUAACCAGCACAAACAUCUCAGAUCUGUCUGACAACAGACCAGAGACUUCUGAUGGUAGUCAUCGAUCACUGACGUCAACUGAGAUGUCCAGUGGUGAGGAUGAUUCUGUGAAGAAAUCCAUCACAAAAGGCUUUGUCAGGAGAACUAUUGAAAGGCUUUAUGGGAAGAAAGAUACAAAUGAAAAAGUUCUUGCCAGUGAAAGUCAGCCCAUAUCUGUCCCAAGACCAAAGUCCAGAGAAUUUCCUGGUAAGAUCAGCCUUUCCCCAUUCCAUAAUGCACGGACCAAAGUAAUGUUGGACUUAUCAUACUUCAACGCCACAAGCUCUUUUGACACAUACAGUGAGCCAACGCGGUGUAUCGCCUUCAAUACACAGGUCGGGCCUGGAGACUGUGUCCCAAUGGAAGAAAACAGGUGGCUCCUCAGAGAGUGCGUGAUCAGAAAGUCUGUCUCAGAGCCUAUUAAUAUAAACAAGAACACAUCUGCGUUAACCGAAGAUGAUCGCAAAGACACAAAAGAAGAUGUUCCUUACUCCCUUUUCGGACACACCGAUCGGGAGGACAUGCUAAAGACUGUGAAGCCUUUAGUGGCAAAGUGCACCUAUUUCAACCUGCCUCAUGGCUGUGACUCAGACCCGUACCAGGAUGACCUAAGUUCUGUCAGCAAGGGCAGUGCCACGGGUGACGUCUCGAAGGACACGAAAGACAAUGCAGAGGAACCCAAGUUGUGGGCUGAGAAGAAUGAAACACUGCCAGCUUUUUCCCCUACUGACUUCAAGAUGCCAGAUAAUAAAGUGCACCCUCUGAUAGAAGGCCCGGGAGGUGGAAAGGUUGUGGUGGUCCAGCCUGGCAAAGGUCAGUCUGGCAAAGGUCAGACAGAUGUCAAGAAAAUUCCACAGGAGCCAGAUGCACUAGAGAUGCUCUACUUCUCCUGUGGCCAGCACUGCCCCAUCCUUUGACUGUGACACUUAAAUAUGGGCUCUCUGCAAAAGUCAGCUUAUUACUGAGGGCAUUCAAGGUACAAGGAGAUGUCAUAUAUUUCUUUAAGCUGGAUAAGACUCAGUGUGUCCUGUGGGAUGAAGUUAUUAAUGAAUACUUUGUGCCUGAACAUUAACGUUGCCACUAUGAUGGCUUAUACAGCAUGAUAUCGUAACACAUUGUAAUGGAUUGUUAAGAAAAUAUACAUUUUACAAUAACUUUGGUGGAAUAGACAACACUAAUGGGUGAAACUUAUUUCACUAGUUUUUUUUAAAUAUCAUGUGAAUUGUACAAUUUUCAAAAAACAUUUUACUCAACAAUCUGUUAUGCCAUGUUCAACUUUUAAUACCUUCUAAUAUAUUCUGUAAAUAUUGCAUCUGUACAUAUUUUUACAAUAACACCUUGACUGUGUAUUUUUUGUGUACUGUGUAU